AUGACUUUCCAGAAGACUCAAAGGAAAAGAAACAUUCUCCACAAGUCUACUUCCUCAGUCAUAGACCUCGAGAAGGAAACAAAACUUUACGGGAUUAGUCAAUCUUUCACCGGCCAGUCAGCAGGGGAAGGCAGCGCCUUGUUCAAAAAAUGUAUGUCCAAAUACUCAAAGUUUUCUGGAGAUUUAGUUUCUCAAACAGAAGCAUGGUUCGAAUGUUUCAAACCGACUGGAAGCCUAGGUGUAGACGGAAGACCUGCUGUUAGUUAUACGGGUACAUUGGGAUUGGGAGCUCUCAAGCGAAAUGGUAACAAGGAAGAGGAAGAAAUGCUCGAUAUUCUACCAUUUAUAGGUUUAGGGAUAGUAAGCAAUUACAUCAGUGAUAAAGAAAGAGAUUCUGGGGGAUUGGAAGAGAAUCCUUUUGAGAAAAUGUGUUAUGAUAGAUAUGGAUCAUUUGAGAAAGAUGAAGCCAACGAGUACAGUGUCUUUGGGUGUUCGGUAAUCAUAGGGGAAGACUGA